AUGGGUAAAUGGCGAUAUGGUGUUAUCCUGGACGCAGGCUCGUCGGGAACUCGAGUUCACAUUUAUAGAUGGCUCAACAGUGCCAAAGCAUUACAAAAUCCCGAUCCUAUCACUCUACAAAGUUUACCCAAGUUAGAAACCAAUAAGAAAUGGACGAAAAAGAUUAAACCAGGUGUAUCUACAUUUGGCGAAAGACCAACUGAUGUUGGCCCCGAACAUUUACAACAGCUCCUUGACCAUGCUCUCGACAUUGUCCCAAAAGAUCAGAUUUCCGAUACACCAAUCUUCUUAAUGGCAACAGCUGGUAUGCGAUUACUUCCUCAAGUUCAACAAAAUGUACUUCUAUCCGAGAUCUGCGACUUUGCACAAAAAUAUACAAAGUUUGAUUUACCAGAUUGUGGUUUACACAUUCAAGUAAUUCCUGGUGAAACAGAAGGACUUUAUGGAUGGAUCGCCGCAAAUUACCUACUUGGAGGUUUCGAUACACCAGAAGAACAUGCUCACGGCAAAGGACAUCAUACAUAUGGAUUUUUAGAUAUGGGUGGAGCGUCGGCGCAAAUUGCAUUUGCUCCUAAUGCUACUGAAGCCGAAAAACAUGCCGAUGACCUCAAAUUAUUACGAAUGAGAACUAUGAAUGGACAACCUGCAGAAUACAAGGUGUUUACCACAACUUGGUUGGGAUUUGGUGUUAAUCAAGCUAGGCAACGCUUCGUACAAAGUUUAAUGGAUGCCUCUUACACCAAGGAUACCAAAGAAUUGCUCGACCCAUGUCUUCCGGCUGGCCUCAAAACGACCUUAAAAGGUGAUAUUAUUGAUGAUUCAAAGAGAUCAGGAAAGGAUCCAAUAUUGUUAGGUACUGGACGAUUCGAUCAAUGUUUAGCAGCGACCUACCCCUUAUUAGAUAAAGAUGCCCCUUGUGCCGAUCAACCUUGCUUGCUUCACGGCCAACAUGUUCCAGCUAUCGAUUUUGAUGUUAAUCACUUCGUUGGAGUUUCUGAAUAUUGGCACACGACACACGAAGUUUUUGAAAUGUCGCACAAAGAUAAAGCAUAUGAUUUCACGAAAUAUCAAGCUUUGGUCAAGGAUUUUUGUAGUGAGGAAUGGGAUGAUAUUGAGAAGGGCGUUGAAAAGAAGAAAUGGGGAAAGAAGGUAGAUGCUAAGAUUGCACAAGGAGUAUGCUUUAAAGCUUCAUGGUUAAUCAACGUACUCCAUGAUGGAAUUGGUGUUCCGAGAGUAGGAUUAGAAAAACCUGGAGCGAAUUAUAACGCGACAAAGGAAAUGAUGCUUCACUCAAAGGGCAAAGGUUUCUUGGAUCCAUUUCAAGCAGUUGACAAGAUUAAUGGAGUUGAAGUUAGUUGGACAUUAGGGAAGAUGAUAUUAUACGCAUCCGGUCAAGUUCCUCCUGCAACUGAGGAUGCUUUACCAGUUGGAUUUGGUAGUAAUACUUUGGGAGUUCCCACGGACUUUCAAUUAGCUGGUUCGAAUGCAAAUCCUGUACCUCACGAUGAUGAUGAUUGGUCUGAUGCAGCUGAUGACCUUAUCGAAAAGGCACAUUCUCGAUCAACUCCUGGCUUUCUAUUAUUUCUAUUCAUUUUAGCAUUUCUUGCUUAUUUAUUCCGCAAGAGGGAUAGAAGACUUCGAUUGUAUCGGGGUGUCAAUACAGUUCUACGCCGAAAUUUUCGACCAGGUAGUCCAAAGAAAGGGACUCGUAGUUUUUUCGGUGCAGGAAAAUUAUUUGGAUCUCGAGGUACCACGAGCUAUGAACGUGUGCUAGAAGAUGGUGAAGCUGCUACCGAGUUUGAAUUAGGUGGCGUUGACUCAUCCGAAGAAAAUGAGUAUUCGGAUGGAAGUGAAGGAUCUCGAGUAGGACGUUCUUCAGGAUUAGCUACACCAAAGUUAAAUGUGGUCAAUUUUGAAACAGCCAAUUAUUUUGACAACAAUCCUCAAAAUGGUCAAGGUGUUGGUCUUGGUUUAGGAAGUGGAGUGCCAGUUGCAUGGAACAGAAGUGGUCUUGUUGUUAGGACAGAAAGUCGAGAAAGAUUAGCUCCAUCUUUAAAUUCCUUGGGAGCUGGAAGAAGAAGUAGAACGGGUAGUCCAACGAGGAAAAGUCCUUUAAUGACACCUUUUGAAGAGUCAUGA